AUGCUGACUUUAGUAGUUGGACUUUUGUACCUGGUCAGUGGACGCACCGUGAGAAGCCAGGAGGCUACAGGUAGCCGCUUCGUGUGCAACGCCAUUCCCCCGGGCGCAGAGCCGGGCUGCGGCUAUGGUCCUACGGGGAACCGUGUCCAGAGCAGCAGCCCCGUGGAGGACGAGCUGCGGAACACGAUCAUCCAGCUCCGGGAGACCAUCCUGCAGCAGAAGGAGACCAUCGUGAGCCAGCAGGGGACCAUCAAGGAGCUCAACUCCAAGCUGGCGCGCUGCGAGGCGGCAGCCGACGAGUCUCCGCAGGGCAAGUCCCGGGGUCAGGGUUCCAGACGGAAGGAAUACGGCAAGAACACCAUGGGGGACCUGCCCCGGGACCCCGGAGAGACCAUAGACCAACUGGGCAAGACCAUGCAGAGUCUCAAGGGUCGGCUGGAGAACUUGGAGAGUUUGCGCCUCCCCAGCACUAAUGUGUCAGCUGGAGGUGUCUCGGCCCUGACUCCCCUGCCACUAGAGCUGCGGGAGCUGCUGCGGCAGCGUCUGGGGGCGCUGGAGACCCAGCUCCUCCGGAAGGUGGCCGAUCUGGAGGAGGAGAAGAGCCAGCUCUACAAUGACACAGCGGCCCACCGACAACGCACCGAGAGCACUCUCAAUUCCCUCCUGGAGAGGAUCACUGAGCUUGAGAAAAAUAACAAUGCCUUCAAGUCACCCGAGGAUUUCAAGGUGUCUCUCCCUCUUCGCACUAACUACCUGUACGGACGCAUCAAGAAGAGCCUCCCUGAGAUGUACGCCUUCACUGUGUGCAUGUGGCUCAAGUCUGGUGCCAGUCCCGGCAUAGGAACCCCGUUUUCUUAUGGCGUGCCAGGCCAGGCCAACGAGAUCGUCCUCAUCGAAUGGGGGAACAACCCCAUUGAGCUACUAGUCAAUGACAAGGUUGCCCAGCUCCCUCUGUCAGUGAGUGACGGGCGGUGGCACCACAUCUGCAUCACCUGGACGACCAGAGACGGUUUUUGGGAGGCUUACCAGGAUGGCGAGCGUCUAGGCACCGGGGACAACCUGGCCCCCUGGCAUCCAAUUAAACCUGGAGGGGUGAUCAUCCUGGGCCAGGAGCAGGACAUAGUUGGAGGCCGUUUUGACGCGACCCAGGCCUUUGUGGGCGAGCUGAGCCAGUUCAACAUGUGGGACCGAGUACUGCGGCCCGUGGACAUCAUGGGUCUGGCCAACUGCUCAGCUUACAUGCCUGGCAACGUGGUUCCUUGGAUUGAUGCAAAUGUGGAAGUGUUUGGUGGUGCGAGUAAAACUGCUCUGGAGAUCUGUGAAGAUCGUGCUUUUGAUUCCUAAAGGAUCUGAUGUAAGGAAAUUCAGUGUCGCCUCUGGGUUCGAGAUUCUGACUGUGUGUUGCUUCAGUCAAUUCCCAAAGAUAGGGGUACCAAUGCAACAUUUUUACAUAUUUAUAUGGUAUGACUGCGCAGUCUCAAAGACUCAACCUUUAAGGAACUCACCUGUUGAUAUGUCCAUUUUAUUUGAACCCUGAGGACAUUACAGGAGAAAUCAAAUCAGUGUGCUCGUCUGAAGA